AUGUACAACGUUGUAGUCGCUCGUUACUCCUCCCCUGCCAUUGCUGCACUCAACCGCCUUAUACUACCCUACCCUUUUCCCGAGCUGUCCGCCUUUGCCACAGUCGACGACCUAGUCACCCACCUUCGCACUAGAGACAUUCGCUACCUCAGGGACCACUUUCUCGCCAUGGACCCCACUGUCGACCUGCUCGAGAAGCACCUCCUUGCAGUUGAGGCUAGCAUAGUCGCUAUAGGUGCUGCUCGUGGCACUCCUCGCACUCCCUUCUUUGAGGGGUGUUCCCCCUCACCCAUUGCCCCCUACUACGCUUCUUCUGCUGCUGUUGACUUCCUUUGUGCUGAGGAGGUCGGAGCUGCAUCUGCUCCUAGUGGGAGGCGCCGCAGCGGCAGGGGCAAGGGAGGCAAGGGUGGUGGGGGUGGCAGCGGUGGAGGCGGAGGUGGAGGCGGUGGAGGCGGUGGAUUUGGCGGUGGUGGCGAAGAGAGUGGUGGUGAGAGUGGAGGCGUUGGUGGUGGCGGUGGUGGCGGCAGUGGUAGUGGUGGCGGCGGUAGUGGUGGCAGCAGUGGGAGUGGUGGCGGCGGCGGUGGUGGCGGUCGGGGUGGAACCGGUCAGAGGGGAGGUUCUGGCGGUGGUCAGAGGUAG